AUGCCCUCCCCUGAAGCGGCCCGGAGCAAAGCCCGCCUUCUUCUGGUAUCCAACCGUCUUCCCAUCACCAUUAAGCGCUCUGACGAUGGCAAGUAUGACUUUUCCAUGUCAUCAGGAGGUCUGGUGAGCGGCCUCAGCGGUCUCUCCAAAUCUACUACAUUCCAGUGGUAUGGGUGGCCGGGUCUGGAGGUGCCCGAGCCCGAAGUUCCGGUGGUUAAGCAGCGCUUGAAAAAUGAAUAUGGCGCGGUGCCGGUCUUCAUAGAUGAACACCUUGCAAAUCGCCACUAUAAUGGCUUUUCUAACUCCAUCCUUUGGCCGCUCUUCCAUUAUCACCCCGGUGAAAUGACAUUCGACGAGUCCGCCUGGGAGGCAUACAAAGAAGCCAACCGUCUUUUCGCCAAGGCUAUGUCCAAUGAUGUUAGAGAGGGUGAUUUGAUCUGGGUGCAUGACUACCACCUGAUGCUACUGCCUGAAAUGCUGCGCAGGGAAUUUAGGGGCAGCAAGCAAAAUGUCAAGAUCGGGUUCUUCUUGCAUACUCCUUUCCCUAGCAGUGAAAUCUACCGUAUCUUGCCUGUGCGUAAUGAGCUUCUUUUGGGCAUUUUGCAUUCUGACCUUAUCGGAUUCCAUACCUAUGAUUACACUCGUCAUUUCUUGAGCAGUUGUUCGCGCUUGCUUGGGCUUGUCACGGCACCAAACGGGAUUGAGUUCCAAGGAAGAAUUGUUACCUGCAGUGCUUUCCCGAUCGGCAUUGACCCCGAAAAGUUCAAAGAAGGUCUUAAAAAAGAAUAUGUCCAGAAGCGCAUUGUGGCGCUGGAGCAAAAAUUCGAGGCCAUCAAACUCAUCGUUGGCGUUGACCGUUUGGAUUACAUUAAGGGGGUGCCGCAUAAGCUACAUGCGCUAGAGGUCUUUUUAAGUGCCAACCCGGAGUGGAUUGGCAAGGUCGUUCUGGUACAAGUCGCCGUACCAAGCCGACAAGAUGUCGAAGAGUAUCAAAACCUGCGUGCAGUGGUGAAUGAGUUAGUUGGUCGCAUCAACGGCAAGUUUGGCACCGUUGAAUAUAUGCCUAUCCACUUCCUUCACAGAUCAGUUAAUACUGAUGAGCUCAUUGCACUGUACGCCGUAUCCGCUGCUUGCAUCGUGUCUUCCACACGUGACGGAAUGAAUUUGGUGGCUUACGAGUACAUCGCGUCUCAGCAGAAACGUCACGGUGUUUUGUGCCUGUCUGAGUUUGCAGGUGCUGCACAAAGUCUAAAUGGCAGCAUAAUAUUUAACCCUUGGAGCUCGGACGAACUGGCGAGUGCAUAUAGAGAAGCUGUCACUAUGGAUGAUGAACAGCGCGCCUUUAGGUUCGCCAAGCUUGACAAAUAUGUUUCCAAGUAUACCAGUGCAUUUUGGGGCCAGUCCUUCGUCGCGGAGCUCACCCAAAUUUCAACACCGCUCCGCCGAUAG